AUGAGGAGGAAGAUUGCAUCAUUUGAACAAGAAGCGGAUGAGAGCCUUAGUGAAUCUUGGGAAAGGUUCAAAGAGUUUGUACAAGCAUGUCCUCACCAUGAGUACAAUCAAAGCUUGUUCAUGCGAUUCUUCUAUGAUGGUUCAAAAGAGAAGGUUAGUGAGGAAAAGAAGGGAGGAGAAGAGGGUGUGAGUGAGGAUAAGAGAGUUGAGGAAGAAAAAGUUGUUGAGAAAGAAGAGAGUGUUAAGAAGAGGAAGCUUAAGGAAGAGAAGACAACUUCAAUUCCUAGUGAAGCUAGGAAUCUUGACGGGCCACUCCCAUUUCUCGGUCAGCUUGCGGAGAGGGAAUUAAAUGAAAAGUUUGCAAAAUUCCUUAGUGUGAUUAAGAAUUUGCACAUCAACCUCCCUUUCAUUAAAGUUGUCACACAAAUGCCAUCCUACUCAAAAUUCCUCAAGGACAUUCUCACUAACAAGAGGAAGCUCAAUGAUGAGCUCAUCACUCUUCCCCAUCAAGUGAGUGCACUUGUUGAACAUAAGAUGCCUAAGAAGAAAAAAGAUCCGGGAAGUUUCACCUUGCCCGUCAAAAUUGGAAACAUGGAAGCUAAGGGUGCCUUAGACGAUCUUAGAGCAAGUUUUAGUUUAAUCCCUCUUUCCAUUGCUAAAAAACUGAACAUAGAGAUGAUCCCUACAAGGAAAACCAUUCAAUUGGCCAACUGUUCGGUGAAACUACCUUAUGGUGAGCUUGAGGAUGUUCCUAUUCAAGAAAGGCACAUCUAUGUGCCUAGUGAAUUUGUAGUGAUGAAUAUAGAGAAAGAUGUAGACACUCCUUUAAACUUGGGUCGCAAAGCUCUUAAAACCUUAGGGGCAGUCAUUAGUUGCAAAAACAACACCAUAACAUGUGAAGUGGCCGAUGAGAAGAUUGUAUUUGAGUUUUCUAAGUUGCUCAAGACCCCCAUGAUUGAGAAGUGUUAUAGAGUGGAUAUUGUGAAUGAAGAAUUGGAUCACUUAGGAAGAGUCAUGAUGAAGCCCCAAGAUUCUAUGGUUGAAGCUCUUACAUGCAAGGAAGAGUACCACUCACAAAAGGCUAAAGUGUUAGUCAUGACAAUGGAAGAAGCUUCCAAAGAGGAAGAGGUUGAACAACAACAAGAAGAUGUGCUUAAUUAA